AUGGGAACCAAACAACGCAAAAAUGCCAAAAAGGAUGCCACAACCGAGCCUGCCGACAAGGCAGGAGAAGUGAAACCCGAUGUCGGUGAACAACUCGAUCGAGCGCUAGAGGCGCUCAUGAGCGGCAAAAGGGGUAUGAUCACGUUAUACGUACAAUGGAGACAGCAACUAUUGCGAAUGGGAUAUCUCGUCAUGUUGGCCAUUAUGCACCAAUUGCAAAAACCGACAACCCUGUGUCUGAAGGAAAUCAAGGAAUGGAAUGAAAUUCGAAAGAAUAGCUCGGAAGAACCCUACAGUGGAUUACAGGCAACGUUCAUGGUCCUGGAAGAUUCCAUUGUCGAAAUCCUCGGUCUCAUUUGUGGGAUUUGCUUGAUUCUUUGUUUGCAGUCGCCAGUAUUGAAUUUCAAGGAUUUUUCAACCAUUUACUUUCGCAUUUCGUGUCUCGGUAUUCCAGUCAUUGUCUAUCUUUACCAUUACGAAAAGCAGUACUUGGGGUGUCUCGACGAUCAGGAUUAUGACGCACUCGUCCAGUCUCGACGACAAGCAGCCGAAAUGGAUGGUGGUGAUGGUAUCGAUCCAGCCGAAAAGGAAAAGCGAGGAUUUCCAAUUAUUCUCAUUUAUCAUGUGAUAACUACCUUGGCCUUGUACUUUAUGAAAUACCAAUCAGAGAAGACGGAUAAGAACAUUUUCGAGUUGCUGCAUCUGAAAGAUGAGUUGACGGAAGCAAGGAAGGGUUCGAAGAAGGGAAACUAG